AAUGACGCUGCUUAUCGAGGCGGCUGAGGCUGAGCAGGGGCCGUUUUGUCCCGGAGCCUCCUGCACGCCCAGAUAAACGCGUUAACUGAGCAAAACCAGUGGUUACACAGGAAGAAAAGCUUAGGCUUGAUGAAACCUGGCUGUUGUGGGUGUCCUUUCACGGGGAUUGGAGCUGCUCUGCUCCUGCCCGCCCUGUGUCACAGGCUGUCCCGCAUGGGGCCGUGUUUACUCAGGCCUUUCCUGCGGGGCCUGGAGCUGCUGGAGGAGCUUUUUCCACAUGUGCGGAAGGGAGGAGCAGAAGGGAGGUUUCUGUGUGGGUUUGGCGAUUGUGUUUGGAAGCUAUUGCAGCCCAGUGUGUUUCCCGUCUCCUGAUGUCUCCGGGGGGGCGAGGAGCUGCUCUGUGCUGCUGGACGAUGCCCCUUGUCCUCCCGCAGCCCUCGGGUGGGGAGACGGGUCCCCCGCUGCUGCUGUGCCAGCCGUGUCCAGGGGCCGCUCUCCCCUUUCACCCAUCCCCGCUCUUGCACCACUCCCGUGCGCAAUCACAAUAUUUCUGCCCGUUUCCAUGGCUCUGCUUGGCUGGUUUCAUGGCGCUGGGGCCGCAGGGGCAGCCCUUGCAGGCUGGCGGGGCAGGAGCCCCAGUCCCCUUGUGCUGGGGGGAAACGCUGAGCUCCCCCUUCCCUUCUGCACCAAAGGAGGUGGCCGGGCCAUCCCUUGCAGCCACACUCUGUCCCUCCUGGAGCCCAGAGCCCCUGGGCACGUCCCUGCUGCCCCCACCCCGGGGCCCGAGGGUGCAAAAUGGGUGCGAUGGCCGCGGGUGCACAGCGGGGCCGGGGCGCAGCCUCCCCACGGGGAUCCCCGGGGCUCUGUGCCCACCCGCUCCUCCGGCAGCAAGGGCUGAGCCCCUGUCCUGCCUGCGCCCCGCGCCGAGCCGGGUCCCGGGCUGCUCCGGGGGACGCAGGCGGGCUUCCCCGCCCCCGGGCACCGGCCGCGGCCGCGGGAGCCGGCGGGGACCCGCUGCCCGGUCUCGCAGCGACCUCUUCAGGCAGGAGCGGCCCCGGCCCGGGGAGCCGCCGGGGUCCCGCGAGGGGCGGAGCCGGUACCGGUUGGGCAGCGCCGUUCCCGCGGGGUGGCGGAUGCUCCGGGACCGCCGCGGAGCGGUUCGCCCCGUGGGUGGAAAAAGUACCGCUACUACCAGAACGCCUGUACCCAGAGCUACUCCUACGUCUGGUGGGACUGGGCACGCUGGGAGCGGGAGAUCGACUGGAUGGCGCUGAGUGGCAUCAACCUGGCACCGGCUUUCGCGGGGCAGGAGGCGGCCUGGCAGCGGGUGUACCGGUCCCUGGGGCUGAACCAGUCGGAGAUCGACACGUACUUCACGGGGCCAGCGUUCCUGGCCUGGAACCGCAUGGGGAACCUCCGCGGCUGGGCAGGGCCGCUGCCGCCAGCCUGGCACCUCAAACAGCUCUACCUGCAGGCUCCAGUGGUGCCCAUGAGCCCCUCGCGAAGAGGUGGGGGAUCCUCGCCCCCAACUCGCUCCCUCCUUCUCUCCCCCAGUACCGGAUCGUGGAGAGGAUGCGCUCGCUGGGGAUGAUCACGGUGCUGCCGGCCUUCGCGGGCCACGUGCCCCAGGGGGUUCUUCGGGUCUUCCCACGUGUGAACGCCACUCGCCUCGGGGGCUGGAGCCACUUCGACUGCACCUACUCGUGUACGUACCUGCUGGACCCGGAGGACCCCAUGUUCCAGGUGAUCGGGACCCUCUUCCUGAAGGAGCUGAUCAAGGAGUUUGGCACAGACCACGUCUACAGUGCUGACACCUUCAACGAGAUGACUCCCCUCUCCUCCGACCCUGCCUAUCUCUCCAGGGUCAGCAACGCGGUUUUCAGGUCGAUGACGGGAGCCGACCCCGAGGCGCUGUGGCUGAUGCAGGGCUGGCUCUUCCAGCACCAGCCGGAUUUCUGGCAGCCGGCGCAGGUGCGAGCCCUGCUGCACGGCGUCCCCCUCGGCAGGAUGAUCGUUCUCGACCUCUUUGCCGAGUCCAAGCCCGUCUACCAGUGGACAGAGUCCUUCUACGGGCAGCCCUUCAUCUGGUGCAUGCUGCACAACUUUGGGGGCAACCACGGCCUCUUUGGCACCGUGGAGGCCAUCAACCGCGGCCCCUUCGCCGCUCGCCGCUUCCCCAACUCCACCAUGGUUGGCACCGGGCUGGUGCCCGAGGGCAUCGAGCAGAACGACAUGGUGUACGAACUGAUGAACGAGCUGGGCUGGCGCCAGGAGCCCCUCGACCUCCCCAGCUGGGUGACCCGCUACGCCGAGCGCCGCUACGGUGCCCCGAACGCCGCCGCGGCCGCCGCUUGGCAGCUGCUCCUCCGCAGCGUCUACAACUGCACCGGGGUCUGCGUCAACCACAACCACAGCCCGCUGGUGCGCCGGCCCUCCCUGCGCAUGGACACGGGGCUGUGGUACAACGCCAGCGACGUCUACGAGGCUUGGCGCCUGCUGCUGAGCGCCGGCGCGGAGCUGGGCGCCAGCCCCACCUUCCGCUACGACCUGGUGGACGUCACCCGGCAGGCGGCCCAGCAGCUGGUGAGCGACUACUACGUGAGCAUCCGCCGGGCUUUCCAGAGCCACGCGCUGCCGGAGCUGCUGACGGCCGGCGGCGUGUUGGUGUACGACCUGCUGCCAGAGCUGGACAACCUCCUGUCCAGCCACAGCCUCUUCUUGCUGGGCCGCUGGCUGGAGAGCGCCCGCGCCGUGGCCACCAGCGACCAGGAGGCCGAGCAGUACGAGCUGAACGCCCGCAACCAGGUGACACUCUGGGGACCCAAUGGGAACAUCCUGGACUAUGCCAACAAGCAGCUGGGGGGGCUGGUGCUGGACUACUAUGGCGUGCGCUGGAGCCUCUUUGUCUCCGCGUUGGUGGAGAGCCUCAACUCGGGCAGCCCCUUCCACCAGGACCAGUUCAACCAGGCUGUCUUCCAGGUGGAGAGAGGCUUUGUCUACAACAAGAAGCGCUACCCGGCCGUGCCGGCUGGGGACACGCUGGACAUCUCCAGGAAGCUGUUCCUCAAAUACUACCCCAGCGCCCUGCGGCGCGGCCGGGCCGGGCCGGCGUGACUUCGGGCUGCGCCUCCCCAGGGAGGGAGGGCAGGGACCGUGUGCCUCCCCUGCCCAGGCUCCCGCAGCUCCUGCGUGACGGCUGCGUCCUGGAAUGAAGGUGCAGAGCCCCGGUGGCCCCCGGCCAAGCUGGAUGUGCGCAGGGGGGCUGGGAGCUGGAUGGGGGGCAGACUGUGCCCCAAGGACUCAUCUGUGCCGUGCUCAGCCCUGCCUGGCUGCCCUGAGCGUGACCCCACAAGCCGGGCUGCCCCAGGAGGUGAGGGCUCUGCUGCUCCAGCAAUUCCAGUUGGAAGCUCAGGGGGAGCUGGGACUGUACAGAGGGACAGGGGACACUUGUCCCUGCCCUUGCUGGCCGGUGGGGACAGUGAUGGUGGAGAAGCAGCCAGGGAGGCGGCAGCGCGGGGCACAGAGCAGCCCCUGCCCCAGGGGGAAGGGCGAACCAGCCUCACCCCUCGGGUGGUCCUGGGCGCUCCGUGGACCCCAGUGCCCACAGGGACCCUCUGCUACACGGCCCUGGCCACACUUGGUGCCUUUUGUACCAAAAGAGACUUUGCAGAGUUUUCUGCAGUGAUGCUGGGGCUGCGCUCCCUGGA